UUUCGGGUUUUUGGACUAUAUUUUCAAGAAGUGUUCAACGAUCGGUUUGGUGCUUUGUCCAAUGGAUUUGACUGAACGAGAGGAAGAUAAUGGCACAAUAUUGGGGAUAUUCACACCGUAUGAUUACUGUCAACGGAGUACUUUUAGUUUCCACCGCGAGGAAAUUCAAGAAGACAGAAAGGAUGUUGGUGACCUUGCAGCAAUUGAUAGCAGUAAUGUUGCUGCAUACAGUGCUGCUUCACUUGAGCAGGGCCUACUGCAACAGGUUGAAAGGACAUUUAAUGAAAAUGUUGCUGUACUGGGAACUGCAAUAUCACAGGAUACGAAUCCAAAAGGAUUGCAGAAUUUUAUAGUCAAAAAUGCACAAUCUACAUUUGUAAGAAAUGGUGAUAUGACUCCUUUUGAAGUGCUUGAUGAAGCACGGAGUAAUAGCUCAGAGGCUAUGCUGGAAGAGCUGAAAAUUUGUAAGAAAAGAAAGGCAAACUGCAUAAUGAAAUGGAAAAGUAAUAGAUCGGUAAGUUCUGUAUCUGACAGCGAAUUUACUCAAAGCGAAGAUGAUAGAAAUACGUCGCCUGAAACAGAACUUAUAGCAAAAAAGAAACGUCGACGAAAAGUUGCAAAGACAAAAAAAGUUGACGGAAAAGAACGGGAUGAUGCUGACGAUGAUUAUUUUAGGAAAAGAAUACGAACUCAUCUUGCUCGACUAGAACUUUCAAAAAUUGAAAGCAGCGAAAAUAAGUUGCAAGAGGAGAGUGAUUUUCAUGAAUUGAAGAAUGACAUGAAAAUACCGAACGAUUGUUGGAAGAAGCUAUAUAAAUAUCAAAAAACUGGUGUAAGAUGGUUGAACGAAUUGCAUAAUCAAUGUGUUGGUGGCAUACUAGCUGAUGAGAUGGGUCUUGGGAAAACAGUUCAAGUGAUUUCAUUCCUAAGAGCACUAGCAUUUUCACGUUUGGAGGAUAGAGGAUUCAGCUUUUUUGGCCUUGGUCCAGUGCUGAUCAUAUGUCCAACAACAUUAAUACAUCAGUGGUUGAAGGAAUUUCACACAUGGUUCCCACUCUGUCGUGUUGCCAUUUUGCAUAGCAGUGGUUCUUUUCAUGGCCAAAAUCCGCAGUUAAUUCGGAAAAUGGUUGUCGCGAGAAGUGAUGGUAAUGUUUUGCUGACAUCAUAUGGAACAUUUGCAAGAAAUCGAAAGCACUUAGUUGACAAAAUCUGGCAUUAUGUAAUACUGGAUGAGGGACAUAAAAUUAGAAACCCAGAAGCUCAGAUUACUCUUGCCGUGAAGGAAGUACGUACUCCUCACAGAUUGAUUCUUAGCGGUUCACCGCUGCAAAAUUCUCUUCGAGAAUUGUGGUCAUUAGUUGAUUUUGUUUAUCCGGGUCGGCUUGGUGCUUUGCAUUCAUUUAUGGAUAAAUUUUCAAUUCCAAUCACUCAGGGAGGAUAUGCAAAUGCUACUGCGGUCCAAGUGCGUACCGCAUACAAAUGCGCCUGCAUUUUGAGGGAUGCGAUUAACCCUUAUCUCUUGAGACGCUUAAAAAAGGAUGUUGAAAUGUCUAUUCAUUUACCCACAAAAACAGAACAGGUACUUUUUUGCAAUAUUACACCGUGUCAGCGUAGCCUUUAUGAAGAAUAUUUGUCAUCGCACGAGUGUAGCCGUAUUCUCUCUGGUAAAACGGAUGCCUUUGUUGGUUUAAUCACACUGCGCAAAUUGUGCAAUCAUCCGGAUCUUAUAACUGGUGGACCAAAUAAAUUUAAUGAUUACAGUGUCACAGCUGAAAACGAAAUGGAUUUCGGAGCACCCUGCAGGAGUGGUAAAAUGCAGGUACUUAAGGCUCUGCUCAAGUUAUGGAAACAGCAGGAUCAAAAAGUCCUGUUAUUUUCUCAGAGUCGACAAAUGUUAACAAUCCUGGAAAAAUUUGUGAUUCAAGAAGGAUACGAAUAUCUGCGGAUGGAUGGCACAACACCAGUUAGAAGCCGUCAGUUACUUGUUGAAAAAUUUAAUAAGGUUGAUGAAAUUUUUAUUUUCCUGUUAACCACUCGUGUCGGUGGACUAGGGAUCAAUCUUACUGGUGCUAAUCGAGUGGUAAUUUUUGAUCCUGACUGGAAUCCUUCUACUGACAUUCAGGCACGUGAACGAGCGUGGCGUAUUGGACAGGAACGUGCUGUAACUAUAUAUCGAUUGUUAACCGGUGGUACCAUUGAAGAAAAAAUUUAUCAUAGACAGAUUUUUAAAGUUUUUCUAUCAAAUCGCAUAUUGGUUGAUCCAAGACAACGAAGAUUCUUCAAAACCAAUGAAUUACAUGAAUUAUUCUGUCUAGGUGACAGCAAAGUACUCAAAAAAGAAGGCACUGAAACAGCAUCAAUUUUAAGUGGCACUACAAAAAACUUUACUCGAAAUAACUUCUUCGAUAAGACUGAGGAAGGCAGCCGCAAAAAGAAACAAAAGACGAUAAAAAAGCGAAAAAAGCUUGAUACGAAGGUGAUACCUGAUGAUGAUGAUGAUGAUGAUGGUGGUGAUGCUAAAGCUUUUGUUGAGGAGCAUUUAUCUGCUGAAAAACUUAACGAAUUGCGAAAACUUGCCCGGAAAAUCAGCAGGUCAAUUAGUAAAAGUGCCGAAGGAAGAACAAAAAGUGGUGAAAGAGAAAGGACGAGUGACAAGCAAAGCAAUCAGGUAGAUAGUGGAAGUUCAAAUAUUAAAAUUCCUUAUUUGAAAAAGAAACGACGUUAUAAACAAGUGACAAAAGAAUUUUCUGGACAGGACGAUUAUGUGCUUAAAAAAUUGCUAACUAAUGCAGGGAUUAUCUCAGCUCUUCAACAUGACGAGAUUUUCGCAACAGGUAUUGCAGAUGAACAGCUAAUUGAAGAUGAAGCAAAUGCUGUUGCUGCAAAAGCUGCGGCAUCAGUAAGACACUCAAGAAGGAUUCUUCCAAAACAGUCUCUCGAAAAACCGCGAUUUGGUUUGCGGAAAGCUGCUGGAUUUCAGUCAGCUAUUGACAAUAGUACCGAUGAUAUAGAGGAACCGAGUUUCAGCGGUGCAGCUCUAUUCAACGAAAAUAGUGGGAAUAAUAGUGGUAGUUUGUUGGAUGCUAUUCGUCACAGGAAGCAGCGUACUUUGGAUACCCAAAAAGCAAUCGAUGAGGAACAUUUGGAAGAACACUACCCUUCACUUUUCAAUGCAGCCGAGGCGUCGAAUUUGAAAAAGACGGAUAAAUAUGACAAGUUGGCAGAAGAUAUUCGUUUAUUUAUGGUUCACAGGAAAGGGCAAGCAUUGACAGAUGAAAUUUUGCAGAGCUUUAAGAAUCGUGUAUCAGCUGAGGAUUCGUUUGCAUUUCGAUCCAUUUUAAAGCGUUUGUGUAAAUUGCAGAGAAACUCAAACAUAUGGAUGCUUAGGGAUGAGUAUCAGUGAUCUAGAGUUAAAUAUAAAUGUACAUCUCUUUUGCAAAUUUUAGCUUUUACCAGCUCUUUGGCAAGUCCAUGCUAUAUGUGAGUAAAGUCUUUGUAUUGUCCGUUACUUUCAGUAGGUAAUACACGAUGAGAUUUCUAAAUUCACAAUUAUAACCCAAUACGCCAG